GGCAGAAGCCAAGAAGUCUCUGUUUCCACGUCUGCCUAACCUAGUAGCUGUUGGCAGUCUCUCGGCUUGUCAAGUGAAAGGAAGUGGACAGACGCAGGACCGCUUCUGAAUAUCAAUGCUGAACUGGAGCACUAAAUAUCCGGAGCUUACGGGGAUAAACUAUAAGUGAGGUCAAAUUUUCACAACGCACACAGCUCGGGUGAAGAUAAGUGAAUUGUUCGGAUCGGAAGGAGGACAUUUGGAUAGUUUGACACCAGGAGAAUGUAUGCGACUUUUUCCUACUGUGUGAUGCUUAGCGCGCACGCGGGCAUUUCUGGCUAUGGUUAUCUUUGAAGACGGAGGACCGCAAAGAACUUUCUUUAUUUUGGCUUGUUCAUGCGGUUUUUGAAAUGCACCAUAUCGUUUGUGGUCUUCCAAGCAAUCUCUGGAUUAACUACUGACUCUCUGUGGCGCAGCGCAUUGGACACAUAAGAGAGAAAAAUGCUGGCCUGCGUUCUGCUUCUCUGCUCAGUUUUCGUCCUUGCCAGUUCUCAAGACGUCGGGGCCUCUGUGACCACAACGGGUGGAUCUUGCGGGUCGCUGUGUUCCUGCGAAGAGCGCGACGGAGUUUUAUAUAUGAACUGCGAGAAGAGAAACAUUAGCAGGAUAUCGCAAAUCAAAGUGCCAUCCACUUUGCCUUUCCAUUUGAAUCUGUACAGAAACGACCUAGUGGAGUUGCAGGCCGAGGACAUGGACAACUUCAACAAUGCGAUCACAUUGCACCUGGGCGGCAAUAGCAUUCAGGAGCUGGAGCCAGGAGUGUUCGCCGCCCUGGGCUCCCUGAAGAAACUGCACAUCAACAGCAAUUUCCUGGUCAUGCUGCGGGAGGACACAUUUCAGGGCCUGGUGAAUUUGGAGUACCUCCAGGCGGACACAAACUCCAUCCAAGUGGUGGAGCCAGGGGCCUUCAGCAAGCUCGUCCGCCUCAAAGUCCUGAUCCUCAACGACAACGCCAUCGAGUUCCUUCCCGCCAACAUCUUCCGCUUCGUGCCCCUGACCCACUUGGAUCUCCGCGGCAACCGCUUGCAGACGCUGCCCUACGUCGGCUUCCUGGAGCACAUCGGACGCAUCAUGGAGCUGCUGCUGGAGGACAACGACUGGGUGUGCGACUGCGAGAUCCUCUACCUGAAGAUCUGGAUCGAGAACAUGCGCUCGCAGUCGUCCAUUGGCGAAGUGGUGUGCAGUAACCCGCUCCACCUCCGGGGGAACAUUUUGACGAAAGUGAAACGCGACGUGCUGUGCCCGUCUCACGCGGACAUCAACCUUGAAGAGCCAUCCAAGUCCCUUGAUAUGGUGGUGACACCAUCGUCUAAAGUAGCCCAAAUACCCGAGGCCAAAGAUGACGCAAAGAUUCCAACACCAGCUCAAGUUCCCGAGAUGUCUUGCAUCCCCCAGUGUUCCUGUCACAAUCAUCCCAUCGCGGGGUUUUUAAUCCACUGUCAAGACAGAGGCAUCCAAAGGAUAUCUGAUCUUGGAGUACUUCAACAAAGCCCCACCAAACUUGUUCUGACUGGAAACAUGAUACAAAGGCUCUUGAAGUAUGACUUUGUUACAUAUGAUAGCCUAGAACUGCUAAACUUGGCAAACAACCAAAUUGAUUACGUUGAGAAUGAGACAUUCCUGAGUUUGAGUAAUUUAAAGAAAUUAUAUCUGAAUGGCAACAGAAUAGAGAAACUGACCCCAACUAUGUUUGUUGGCCUCCACAACCUUGAGUACCUUUAUUUGGAAUAUAAUAUGAUUAAAGACAUUCAACCAGGCACGUUCAAUCCACUGCCAAAUCUGAAACUGCUGUCCAUAAAUAACAACCAGUUAAGCACACUUCCUGCACAGAUCUUCCGGAAUGUUCCCCUUACGAAACUAAACCUUCGGAAGAAUCUGUUCAUGCACCUGUCUGUGAGCAAUGUGCUCGACCAACUUGAUGCCCUCGAGCAGAUUUACCUCGAGGACAACCCAUGGGACUGCAGCUGUGACUUAGUCAGCCUCAAGCAAUGGGUCGAGAAACUGGACAAGGAUACGAUCAUAGGCACCAUCCUGUGCCAAACGCCCAAGAAGGCGGCCAAGGCCGAUCUUAGGACCCUAAGGACCGAGGUCUUGUGCCCGGGCCUGGUCACUUACUACUCCUUGCCUACGGAUACAGACAGCAUCCAGACAACCAUUGCACCAAACGGCCAAGCUCAGGGGUUCUUCAACUCCCUGAUGGACACCGUUCCCCUGUCGGUGUUGAUCCUGAGCCUCCUCGUCCUCUUCUUGACGGUCAUCUUCUGUGCGGCCGGCGUGGCCGUGUUUGUGCUGCACCGGCGCCGCCGGCGGACCAAGAAGAAGCAGGCGGAGGAGCAGCCGCGCGAGAGCAGCCCCAUCCACCUCCACUACAGCAUGUACGGCCAGAAGACCACGCACCACGUGGCCGCCCCGCGCCACAGCACCGGCAUGUACGACGAGACCUCGCACAGCCCCGUCAUCCAGGUGUGCCGCAACCCCACCUACUGCGCCCAGCACAAGGACUACGAGUCAGAGCACGAGUACGACCAGGACGACGCCAAGCACCACCUGUGCCACAGCAUCCUGGACAAGGAGAGCCACUCGCCGCUGAGCGGCGGUGGGGGGCCGCCCCACCUCAAGUUCAAGGCCGUGACGGAGUACCCGACCGAGUUCGUGACCCUGGGGGACACGAGCGCUCUGUACAAGAACGUCCUGGAGAGGGAGCGGGAGCUGCAGCAGCUGAGCAUCACGGAGUACCUCAGGAAGAACAUCUCCCAGCUGCAGCCAGGGCUGGACAUGCAGGUCCCCGGGCACCACAAGGAGCUCAAGCUCAUGGAGACGCUCAUGUACACCCGGCCCAGGAAGGUCAUGGUGGAGCAGACUAAAAACGAGUACUUUGAACUCAAAGCAAACCUUCACACGGAGCCCGACUACUUGGAAGUACUGGAGCACCAAACAGCUUUCAAGUGAGGUAAUGACAAAGAAAAUAAGUCAAGGAAAUGUGUAAAAUAUAUAGAGAAAAAAAUCUAAUUUCUUGGUUUCAUGUUUAACACUCCAAGUGCCUUCUCUAAAUUAUUCUGCGGUAAAACUGUACUACCUGAAAGUUCUUGACAUUUUGUUUUCAGCUUGGCAACUUAUGCUGAGCCACACAGGGCAGACACAAUGUUUAAUUUAUUGUUGUUCUUCUCCUUCAGAGAGUGCACUGCUCCCAAGGGACACUUAGCCCUAAUACCUGUCUGUGUUAGCCCAGCAAGUAGAUACAUGGUGUCAUCACAUUCUACUUAUGGCAAGGGUCCAGUUUUCCAUGCACUCUUCCUGGGCACCUCUUUACAAGUUUUUUUUUAACGUUUAGCCAUAAUGCGCAUGUGCCACGUGCCACAUAGUUUAUAGAAUUCCAACCGUCAUGCAGAUGUGUAAAACCUCAUUGCUGAGCUCAUUCAUUUGGCUUAUUCAUGAACAAGUUGCAUUGUCCUCAUGGUUUUUCUGUUGCUUUUAUACUUAGUGGUUGGUCUGCAGAGUCUAUUUAUUUUUCAGUAACGGCUGAAAGAAAGACACUUAUUUUAUAAAAAGAUUCAGAUUUUUUCCCCCUAACAGCUCUGUGUAAUUAUGAUAAGAACAUUGCAACUCUCAGAAAUGUCAUUUUGAAGACAGUGCAUGACAAUCAAAUGUCCUUUUAAAGAAAAUAUAUCAGUUUUCCUUUUGAAAAAUACCUUUGAAGGAUCAUUACUGGUUUGUAUUGAUAAUGCUUAUUAUGAUGAUUUUGCAUAUACAAAGCUAUCUGACAGUUUUCUCACAGCAUGGGUCCUAUCCAGGAUGUAUUUUCACAUCAUUAUUUGGUUUGCAAAAGCCAAGUAUAUUCAGCCUUGAAAAUGUUGUACUGUAC